GGCAGCGGCGGCGGCGACGGCGGCAGCGGGCACUGCGGCGCCGAGGCACGGAGACCGGACGGGAGCACAGCGAGCAGCGGCCAGGUGCUAAGAGAUGGCGCUCACACGUUCACACGUUUCAACCUCAUCUAAGAAUCAGGUGUUCGAGGUGGCAGAAGAGCUGACUGUGAACUUAGGCUCCCUGCUUGACUAAACCUUCACCACAGCCACUCAAGACCAAUAGCUGAGCAGGACUGCUCGGCUUCUCUUGAUGAUGGGUGUUGGUAAGAACACCACGUCCAAGUCAAUGGAGGCCGGGAGUUCCACAGAAGGCAAAUACGAAGACGAAGCGAAGCAUCCCACUUUCUUUACUCUUCCGGUGGUGAUCAAUGGAGGGGCCACGUCCAGUGGGGAGCAGGACAAUGAAGACACUGAGCUCAUGGCCAUCUACACUACGGAAAAUGGCAUUGCAGAGAAGAGUUCUCUUGCGGAAACCCUGGACAGCACUGGCAGCCUGGACCCCCAGAGGUCUGACAUGAUUUACACCAUAGAAGAUGUUCCUCCCUGGUACUUGUGCAUAUUUCUGGGCUUGCAGCACUACCUGACCUGCUUCAGUGGAACGAUUGCAGUGCCCUUUCUGCUGGCCGAUGCCAUGUGUGUGGGGUAUGAUCAGUGGGCCACCAGCCAGCUCAUUGGGACCAUUUUCUUCUGUGUGGGAAUCACAACACUGCUUCAGACAACAUUUGGAUGCAGGUUACCCCUGUUUCAGGCCAGUGCUUUUGCAUUUUUGGCCCCUGCUCGAGCCAUCCUGUCUUUAGAUAAAUGGAAAUGUAACACCACAGAUGUUUCAGUUGUCAAUGGAACGACAAAGAUGCUGCAGCUAGAAGACAGCUGGUAUCCCCGGAUCCGUGAGAUCCAGGGGGCCAUCAUCAUGUCCUCAUUGAUAGAAGUGGUCAUCGGCCUCCUCGGCUUGCCUGGGGUCCUGCUGAGAUACAUUGGGCCCCUGACCAUCACACCCACUGUGGCCCUCAUUGGCCUCUCUGGUUUCCAAGCAGCGGGAGAGAGAGCGGGGAAGCACUGGGGCAUCGCCAUGCUGACAAUUUUCUUAGUGUUGCUGUUUUCUCAGUAUGCCAGGAAUGUUAAAUUUCCUCUCCCAAUUUAUAAAUCUAAGAAAGGGUGGACUGCAUACAAGUUACAGCUUUUCAAAAUGUUCCCUAUCAUCCUGGCCAUCCUGGUGUCCUGGCUGCUCUGCUUCAUCUUUACAGUGACUGAUGUAUUCCCACCUGACAGCACCAAGUAUGGCUUCUAUGCCCGCACCGAUGCCAGACAGGGUGUGCUUCUGGUAGCCCCCUGGUUUAAGGUUCCAUAUCCAUUUCAGUGGGGACUGCCCACCGUGUCCGCUGCUGGUGUCAUCGGCAUGCUCAGCGCCGUCGUUGCCAGUAUCAUUGAAUCCAUCGGUGACUACUACGCCUGUGCCAGGCUCUCCUGUGCCCCACCGCCUCCUAUCCAUGCAAUAAACAGGGGGAUUUUCGUGGAGGGUCUCUCCUGUGUCCUCGAUGGCAUAUUUGGUACUGGGAAUGGCUCUACUUCAUCCAGUCCCAACAUUGGAGUUUUGGGAAUUACGAAGGUGGGCAGCCGCCGAGUGAUCCAGUAUGGUGCAGCGCUCAUGCUUGGCCUGGGUAUGAUUGGCAAGUUCAGUGCCCUGUUUGCAUCCCUCCCAGACCCUGUUCUCGGAGCCCUCUUCUGCACCCUCUUUGGAAUGAUCACAGCCGUUGGCCUCUCCAAUCUACAGUUCAUCGACUUGAAUUCUUCCCGGAACCUCUUUGUGCUUGGAUUUUCAAUCUUCUUUGGACUCGUCCUUCCAAGUUACCUCAGACAGAAUCCUUUAGUCACAGGCAUCACAGGAAUUGAUCAAGUGUUGAAUGUCCUUCUUACAACUGCAAUGUUCGUAGGAGGCUGCGUAGCCUUCAUUUUGGACAACACCAUCCCAGGUACCCCGGAAGAAAGAGGAAUACGGAAAUGGAAGAAGGGCGUGGGCAAAGGGAACAAGUCUCUUGAUGGCAUGGAAUCCUACAACUUGCCAUUUGGCAUGAACAUUAUUAAAAAAUACAGAUGCUUCAGCUACCUACCUAUCAGCCCAACCUUUUUAGGCUACACAUGGAAAGGCUUCGGAAAGGGUGAGACCAGCCGGAGUUCAGACGAAGACUCCCAGGCCACCGUAUAGCCUUAGCUGUGCCCUGUGGCUCAGCCACAGUGAGGCAUGUAUCUGUAGUCCCUUGCUGAGUAAUGAGAAGUAAAAUAUCUGUUCGUAUAUCUCCAUUUACAUCCUGCACCCCAGAGCUAAAACAGGUUGCACAUCCCUUUUCUGUUGUGGCUAGUGAUUGUGUCUAAAUAUGGUGUCUCACUUGUUUUCCUUAUUUAAGCCCUGAUCCCUUGUCCUUUGACAGUGUCCAUUGCUGGCCAUGGUCACUGAACUUGAAGUCCUCUGGAUCCUUCCUUUUCAGUCCCUUUCUAUUACCCCGUGCUAGCGUUCCUGAUAAGCCACCUCUGGGAUCCAGGCCCACUUUCUCUUCGCUUAACCUCAGUCCAUGUCUGCAGAGAUCUCUGGCCAAGGGGCACAACUCCCUGAUCUAGUGUGAUUCUGUUGUUCCUGAUUGUCCUAUAAGGUCAGUGCAGAUACUGUUGAAUGGGGUUCUCUUUAGGGGAUUGAAGAGUAAGGGAAAGGACCCAGAGCCAAUAGGAUUCUCCACUUCUUUCUCUCCCUGCCUCCCUGCCCCCUCUGGGCCAGCACAUUCAUAUUGGCCUCUCUUAGUGGCUGAGAUACCUUAUUUGACCUUUCUCGCUACUGGCUGGUGUGACACACACACACACACACAGACACAGGCACCAGUCAGGUUCGUGUCGGUGUCUUGGUUCUGUUGUCAUGUCAUGUGCGUCUAUAAUUACAAGGUUUUAUUCAAACUAUUUAAUGUUAUUGACUAUAGCAGAUUUUUUCGAAAUCAGUGUUUUUUUCCAUGUGAUCCUUUUCCCUUGUAUCCCUAUUACUUGUCCCCCAACUCCCCAUCUCCCCCUUAAGAAAAGAACCAGCAUUUGUAAAGCUGUGGACACCAUCAGGGAAGUUUGUUGUAUCGGCUCUUGAAGGCCAGUAAACCAUUAUUGUGGUUGUGUUUUGUAUUGCUUGAUACCAUGAAAGUGUAAAUACUGUAAUGCCUAAUCUAUUUAUCAAAACUGACUACUGGACCAGAGCCCAGAAACCAUGGGUAUCAAGUUACACAUGAAUGUGUUUUGUGAAGAAGGGAAGCUAGGACAAGUAACAAAAUGGGGCUGCCAUAUUGAAUGGCUCAUCAUCCUGGUAAAGUCAUGUCUCCCAUUCUUCUGUGGCAGAAGACAUGGCAAAGAGACUCUCUGUAGGAGCCCGCUGGAGCUUGAUUUCACCAACUACCUGCCUUUUCGGUUGUUGCAGAGGAUAGUGAGAAAAACAGCUUGCGGGCACUCUAUUUAGAGUCCUAACUUAUAACACUAAAUUCUUUCUGACAAAAUGACUUCUCUUGAAUUUGGUUCGAAACUUUGCCACCAAAGGAAAAGCCUGCUUCAUAAGGCUGUGCCUCUUACCUGCUGGCUGACCUGGCUGAUGGAGCAUUGGGUGGCAGCAGGUGUUCCUGUCUCUCGCAGCAGGAUGUGGGGUCUCAGGCCGCCUGAUGUCACUGGGUGCUUUCCUGUCCCCAGGCUGCCUUUAUUUCACAUUGCCAGGUCGUUGGUGAGUCACUAUGGUCCCCUUGACUCCUGAAGUCUUGGGCUUUAAGAACACCUCAGAGCCACUCCUGUUUUGCCAAAAUUUUACUUCAGAUUAAGUAAAGAACUUAGAUUCUAAAUUACACUUAAUUUGUGUGUAUUUUAAAUGUAUAUUCAAUGCACACUUACUUUAGAAGCACACUGGUUAAUGGUUUCCAACCUUCUUACCUUGAUAAGAUCGAUAGUUCUCCUGCAGCCCUGAAUUGCUACUGUUUCCUUCUGUCUGCUCAGGAUCUUCAGUUUCUCUGCUCUGAAAAAAACAGGGAAAACUGCUAAAUGUCCCAGAGAUUGGCAGGAUUCUAGUUUUCUAAGGUGAGCAGAAGGAACACAGAUAUCCAAAGAAAAAGCAUUAGAACUGCUGAGUAUGGUGUUCUACACCUGUGACCUUAGCACUUAGGAAGCAAAAACAAGAGUAUUAGGAGUUUGAGGCCACCCUGGGCUAAUUAGCCAAUUCUAGUUUGGCCUAUGCUCUAAGACCCUGUCCCAACAAAACAAAACAAAAAGCAUCAGUACUAUUGAUAAUUUAGGCCCAACUUCCCUUCAACCUAAUAUGACCAGGCAUCUUUCCUCCUGGGCGGUCUGUGUACCUAGAAUGUGGGCCUCUGAUUUCUAGAAAGCUUUUCCCUUUAGAAUCCUUUUUUGGGGCGCCAUAUUUUAUCAUGAGGCUCCAAUUCUGUUCAUCUUGGGAAAUGGCCUUGGCUAGCAUCCGCAUAAAGGAAGUCCUGCAAUCCUUGGAAAUAGUCCUCUCAUUGGAAAAAGGGUUUUUGCCCUUCUUGCUCCUUUGGAAUCAACUGUUGAUAUUCUAUCCCAGGAGGAGGAAAGAGAAGGGAGGUGGGAGAAAAAAGAGCAGCCUGAGCAUAUGGACCUCACUGAAUCUGGUCUCUUCUGUAUAGCCUUGAGCAAAUAGAGUUUCCUAACCAAUGAAUCUUGCAUGUGCAACAUUUACUCCCACAAGCCAUCUUAGGAAGUCAUCCUCACUCUACCAAGUAUACUACCGAAUGGAAGCCUAUCAUUGAACAUAGAAGAAUACUUGAGUCCAAGCACACACCUGACUGGGAGAUCUUCUUCUGAGAGGAAGGGUUUGGUGGUCUGUACUUGAUGCAUUCCCUGUCCAUAUUGUUGGCUUGUGCCUUGCUUUGACAGGAGGCCAUUAUGAAAUAUUCCACAUGUGAAUGUGAUUUUAGGACAACUCCAUUUCUGUUUGUCAGUGACUACCUACCCACCAUCUCCACCUUUCUUAGUCCCUAAGAAAGCCUUUGUGUUCACUAGGAAAAUCAGAAAGUGUUAACAAGGGCAGGGGAAUGGGGGGGGAGAUACCACUGCAGGUUCAGAGUAAUGGAAAAUGGCUAAAUGAGUUUCAUUGGGAAAUGAAUGAAAAAACAAAUGAUUUUCAGUCUCCUUAGGAAAUUCAAGUUAGCUUCAUGAGUACAUUUAUUUCCAGAACCUUCCUUAAGAGGGGUUCCAGUGUUCACUUUUAGAUUCUUAGGAUUGAUCCAAGCAAGAGAAGUGGCUUUUCCAGGCCAGCUAAAAUAAAGCAUCAUGAGUCCCAUGGUUUCCCAUUUCGUGGUAACAAAUUCACAUGCAGGAAUUGCUUUAUAUUGUAGAAUACUGACUUUUAUGAUGACAACUUGGUUUAUGCAUGAAUAUUGCAGUAUUUCCAUAUAGUAAAAUAACAUUUCUGCCCAGGAUAAUAGUCAGUUUUCCAGGGGGGGGAAUGAUAUAAUUUUCAUGACAAUGUCAUGUGCUGAUAGGAUUUCUCCAUUGAUGAAUCUCUAGUAUGUGUGGAUACUUUAUUUACCCAUAUGUAUAUUUUAUGAUCGUGAGCUAAAUUGUUAAUUAUUUCAUUUGUGUCCAUAGUCUGAUAUCAAUACAAGUCUAGCCUUUAGUAAUGAGUGCCACAAAAGUGGCCAGGCCAGACAGAAGAUGAGUCAGGAGUGGUGGCCGAAGUCUCAUCGCAGAACUUGUGUGGAUGGAGGAGAGGCAGCAUCCUGAAGGUGGCUAUGCUUGGUCUAUAUUCUCAACCCCAAGCUUGGCAUGGCUUGGAGUGAGGGCCUGUUCUCCCAGCUAUCAUUGCAUGCCAGCUAUGCAUACCCAGCCACACGCACCGUACAGGUUCCUUUGCAGCUCCUGCACCUGAGCAAUUUCAGAGCUCUGGUCCACAGAGAGCCUCCCUUUCUUCAGAGAAGAGGUUGGGCUUUCACAGGCUACUUGUCCUUCGGUCCCCUAUUGCCUUAGGAUGUGGACACAGAAUAGGACAUCCCCGCCCUCUACUCCUCUUGCAGUCAGAACCUCAGUAGUACAAGAAGGCUGCCUGUCUUUGCCAGUGUUCGCCUUCCACCCGUGGAUCCCCAAAGUAUAUGAGCACUGAGGGUCUGUCCCUCUUGAGCAGCCUCAUGAACAUUCCCAUCCUUCCUUUCAGGUUACUGUUGACUGUGCCUCGUCAUGGCUUCGGUAUCCCGCCACCUUCCCAUUUCUGUAUGUGUUUGCAGGCACUUAGGAUGCCCUUGCCAGUGCCACUCUCUGACUUCACAGUUCAUGAAUACCCUUCUCUCUGUGUUCCUAACUUCCUUUGCUUUGACACAUUAAUACAUUUCUGACUGUUCUUAAAACAGUGGAGAUGCCUCUUUUUCUUGAGUUUUUGUGACUGACCCUGCCUAUACACGUUCCUGGAGUUCUGUUUGUUUUUGUUUUUAUUUUGUGUUCUGAGGGUUAUUCGGGGGUAGGGUUGUUUUUUGAGAUGUGUAAUUCUUUUAUGGAGUUUUUAAAAAGAAUUUUCAUAUUGUUUUUUCUAACAUGGCUUCAUUAAACGUUUAAGUAUUUUAAAAAUAAUGUAAUAUUUGGACCAGAUGUUGUGAAUAAUAGUAGAGAUAAAGCUAUUUUAUUCUGUAUUUUUAAAACUGUUCCGUACAAAUAAAAGCUCUCCUGGACACAGUUUUGUUGUU